UCAGACUUCACGAUCCCUCUGUACUGGGACAACAUGGCUGCUGAUGAGGCUCUGAAGCUGGUUCCUCUGCACUCGUCCUCUAAAGAGUACCAGACUGUGAAGGCGGCCUUCAAACUAACGGUCAACGGGACAGUCCUGAAGAUCGAGCGCUUGCAGAAUGUCCAUCUGCGUCGCGCAUAUGAAGCGCAGAAGAAGCACAUCUCUGAUAAGAACAAACAGCAGGGCGGAGCAGGAGAGAAGCUCCUGUACCACGGGACGACCCCCAACAACUGUGACUCCAUCAUGAAAACUGGGUUCAACAGGCGCUUCUCUGGACAGAACGCCACCUCUUACGGUCAGGGAACCUACUUUGCCGUAAACGCCGGUUACUCCGCCAGCGCCACCUACUCCAGACCCGCCGCUGACGGCUCUCAGUUAAUGUUUGUGGCUCGAGUCCUGACCGGCGUCUUCACUCUGGGCCAAAGCAACAUGAGGGUCCCUCCCUCACGCAGCAACCAGCGACCACACGACCGCUACGACAGUGUGGUGGACAGAAUGGACAACCCCAACAUGUACGUCGUGUUUCACGAUAACCAGGC